CCCACACCCACAUGUAUGCAUUUAAAUACCAAGUGUUCCUUCUCUUUCUUCUUCCUCUUCUCCAAGUAACCGUUUACUUUUUCAAAUUUUGCACACCUUUGCUAUAUAAAUCACAAAACUACAUACACAAGUAAAUCUUCUUUCCGACUCCUCGCUCUUUCAUAGUCUCCGCUUGUUUUUCCUUUCUGGGUUUUCUUUCUUCUUCCUUCUUGUUAUUUCUCAUCUCUGGUUUUCUCACUUUUUGUGGGUUUUCACUUUGAUCGAAUUUGUUUUUCUAUCUACCUUCUUUUUCUGGAACUCUCUCGUGCUGCCUAGAUGUUUAUUUUGCUUUCAUCUCAGGUUGCGUUUCUUGCAAAUAUAUCUUAGUUUUCGGGCUCUUCCUUCUUAGCUCCUUGGUUUUUCCUUGUUGAUUUUGGUAGUGAUUCGAAAUUUGCUCUUGGUUUCCUUCAGUUAUUCCCCUCUCUGUCUAUAAUUAAUCUUCAUCUUUUGUUGAAUCAAAUUAUUCAAUUUAAUCCCUCUUGAACUUUUGUAAACAAUUCCUUCAAAUUUUUUAGCAACUUUAUAGAUUUUUCCGUCAUGGGGUGUCACGAACAGACUUUUCGUUUUAUGGGAGGACUCGACGAUACGAACAAUUUCGCGAGACACGCAUCAGAUCAACAAUCUGAGCAAACGGGUAGUUCUGAUUCAAUUUUGGACGCAGCCCGCGAUCAAGAAUCACUAGCUUCCGAUUGUGAAAGUGGCGUUUCUGGUCCUAGUUGUGAUGAUUCCCCGACCCUUAGCAACGGGCUGAUUAGAUUGCUGGAAGGGGACAGGAUUCAUGAUCUCAUUAAGCGAAGAUUUCUCUUGUGUCUGGGUUUGCUUGGCUCGCAAACCAAGGUCUUGUCAAUCCAUAGAAAUGGAUUCAGCACUUUAACGGGGAAAGCCAGGCUGCAGACAUUUCAGAUUUUCUCCAUGGCAACGCAGAGAAAACAUGGCGGCGAUGCAAAUGUCAAGUACGCCUGGUAUGGUACUGAUAGAGAUGAGAUUUGCAGCAUCAUAGAACACGGUUUUGGUCUCCCUGCACAGCUGAAGAACAAUGGAUUAUAUGGUCGUGGCAUUUAUUUCUCUCCAGAUGACUCUCCUAUGGACUGUUUGAGGAACUCGAUUGUUGAUGAACAUGGAGUACAUCAUUUGUUGCUUUGUCGUGUUGUAUUGGGCAAACCAGAGGUGGUGCGUCCUGGCUCUGAUCAGUCUCAUCCAAGUUCUGAGGAUUUCGAUUCUGGGGUGGACAACUUUUCUUCGCCCAAAAAGUAUAUAAUCUGGAGCACCCACAUGAACACUCACAUCUUGCCAGAGUUCAUUAUAAGCUUCAAAGCUCCUCCUCGCUUGACAGGUUUUAUAAGGAUUCCAGAUUCCUCGAAGAAGCCCACUUCGCCAUGGAUGCCGUUUCCAGCUCUAAUUUCUGCGCUGUCCAAGUACCUUCCUCAAUCUUCAAUGCGGUUGAUCUCCAAGUACCAUAGGGAUCACCAGGAAAAGAAAAUAUCACGGCAAGAGAUGAUACAACGAGUGAGAAAAAUAGCAGGAGAUAAGCUAUUGAUUGCUGUCAUUAAAUCUUUCAGGAAUAAGGAUUAACCCAUCUAGCAACUCAGAUCAAAUGAUGGCUGAAGAUGGAUCCAAGAACCGUUCUAACCAGAAAGCAGGCGGUGGAGAUGAUCUGGUGUGGUUGGAUUGAAUUAGUGUACAGUGGUAGAUUGCAAUCUGAUUUUCAUAUGUUAGUAUAUCAAACAGGUCUAUACGAAGAUACAGGGAUAUAGAUGAAAUGGACGGUGAGGGAUCAUCCAGCAAAUAAUCCUCAUCAAGAGGAAUCAGUUUCUUAAACUUCCUCUUUAAGCAUGUAGCCUAGUUAGGUUUGUCUUUGAAUUCAACGUUUCCUUGUUCUCUCACACAGAAGAUUGCUAUACAAGAAACGCUCUAGUUCUGGAAUUAAAAGUUUGCUUGAGCAAAAAGUA